CACUGUUAGAUUUUUUUUCCUCUGCAGGAUGGUGCAAUGGAUUUAUUGAAAGAACUCAAAAGUAUGCCUAUGACUCUGGACUUGCUGCAGUCCACCCGCAUUGGGAUGUCAGUAAAUGCACUGAGGAAGCAGAGCACAGAUGAAGAGGUGAUAUCACUUGCCAAAUCACUCAUCAAGUCUUGGAAAAAACUUCUAGAUGCUUCUGAGGAGAAAAGUGAGGAGAAAAAGAAAAACCUGUCAUUGCCAACAUCAUCCUCAAAGGAGAGUAACUCGAGAGACCAAAGCUCCAACAAAAGGCAGGAGCCUCCGAAGACCCCGACAACCCCCAAAAUCACCAGCUUCCCUCCAGCGCCCGUCACCUGCGACGCGGUCCGCAACAAAUGCAGAGAGAUGUUGACAACUGCUCUCCAGGCUGAUGAUGACUAUGUUGCCAUUGGCGCUGACUGCGAGCACAUAGCAGCCCAGAUCGAAGAAUGCAUAUACCAGGACAUCAAGAACACCGACAUGAAGUACAAAAACCGCGUGAGGAGCCGCAUCUCGAACCUGAAGGACUCCAAAAACCCUGAGCUCAAAAAGAACGUGCUGUGUGGGGCCAUUACCCCGGAGCAGAUCGCCGUGAUGACCUCGGAGGAAAUGGCCAGUAACGAGCUGAAAGAAAUCAGGAAAGCCAUGACGAAAGAAGCAAUCCGGGAGCAUCAGAUGGCCAAGACGGGAGGGACGCAGACUGACCUCUUCACCUGUGGGAAAUGCAAGAAGAAGAACUGCACCUACACCCAGGUGCAGACCCGCAGCUCCGACGAGCCCAUGACCACGUUCGUCGUGUGCAACGAGUGUGGCAAUCGCUGGAAGUUCUGCUGACAAGUGCCAUGGCCCGAGAGCGGCAGCCAAACGCAGAGCAGAGCGCAGCCUCCAUCCGCCGGCGCCCGCGGCAGUUGUGUUGUGUAUCCCAAGUGAGUUUGCUUUGUGUCCCGCACCGAGAGCAGCUGCAGGGAGCCCGGCCUCUCUGCUCGGGCCUAGGUGGAGAGCCACAGCAGUGGGUGGACAGUUUAGCAGGAGAGCUCACUAAACACACUUAGUCGUUAUUUUCUCAUCUAAGCGAGUAUGGUAACGUUUUCUUCCAAACUAAUAUUAAACAUUUUUGUCAGUUUCUGACUUUUAUU